AUGUACGGAGCGCCCGCGACAAUCACCCCGGCCCGGUUUGGGGAAUGCUGGUCGAGUGUGAGAUGGCCAGACUUGAUCGACCCCAACGCCUGCUUGGAAGGACGAUGGUCAAAUGAGAUUCUCGCCUUUGGAUUCUCGUUCGCUUACGGCGCACUGCGUUGGCACUGGACGUACGGAUACAUAGUUCCAUUGGGUCUCGAGAGUCUGAACACGAAAAAGGGCUGGAGGGGUAUCUCGUGUCUUGUCCGAACAUCAGCGACAUGUUACAAACAUUCCCGUCCCGAAGUGGACAGCCAUCAAGAACCAUGGACAAUUAAAUUGACGACAAGCACAAUGGAAUACACGUCAAAGGUGACGAUGGGACACUUGCACGUUUAUGGAAUCCAGUCGGCAAUUAACCCAAAAACCGGGCAUGAUAAUGAGACAUGUUCCACUGCCUUGGUCUGCGGAGGCGUGAUGAACAACCGCGCUCCUUCCUGUUCCUCAUGGCGGACACCCUCCUGGCAAAGCGCCCGAACGCUCCUGCAGUAAUGGCGGGGUCUUUGGCGGGGAUCCAGGCACCUCACCUGGAGCUGCCAGCAUUAAGUGACCGAAACUCCAAAUUCUUCGCGCUUCUGUUCUGGGCUGUUCUUCCUCAAGCAAACAGAUCCCAUGCUCAUGCGAUACCUUGUACACAGUUUCCAUCAGUUCUUCGCAAAGAUGUCGAGCCAACGAAAUCAAUUUCAUCCCACGGUCUUUACCUUUCGCGUUGGAAGCUGAAAACUGGUCACCGCAUCGUCCACCCAAUUUCCGAGGCUCGACACUAACAAAAAAGCGAGACUCCAAAAGGCGUCAUACUUACCGACUACGCCGGACCGCGGCACACCGGCAGACGGUGCACCGCACAAACCCUACGAGGUGGUACCGCCAGCACGUGCUGUACGCUACUAUUUCCAAUUCUUACGAGGAGACUUGCAGCGCAAAGCCAGAAGCACCA